CAGCAAAAUUAUCUAUGAAAUUGGGGAAAAAUUGGACCAAAUUAUUGAUAGUCAACAAGAAAUAGAAGAAGUUGAGGAAAUCGUGGGAACAGCGGUCGUGAAAGUAGUUUUUGAAUUUUCCAAAGGCAAUAUUGCGGGUUGUCAAGUAACUGAGGGCAAAAUUAGCCGUAAUAAGCGGGUUUAUGUGUUGCGUGGUAAAGAAGCCCAGAAAAUUUUCACCGGUGAAAUUAAAAGUUUAGAGAGUAAUAAAGCGGAAAAAAACGAAGUCAGCAGUGGUCAGGA